AUGGAGAGCAAAGAGGCCAGGGCGUGGCGGCUCCAGCCCAGCCUGGCGCUGGCGACCCUGAGUGCGGCCUUCGGCUCCGCCUUCCAGUAUGGCUACAACAUCGCCGUGGUGAACACGCCACACCAGGUCCUGAAGUCAUUUUAUAACGAAACUUACUUUGAGCGACACGGAAGGUUCAUGGACGAGAAGGCCCUGCUGCUCCUGUGGUCUUGCACUGUGUCUGUGUUUCCUCUGGGUGGCUUGCUGGGGUCGUGGCUUGUUGGCCGGCUGGUGGAUAAAUGUGGCAGGAGGGGGACACUGCUAAUCAACAACAUCUUCGCCAUCGUCCCCGCCAUCCUGAUGGGUGUGAGCAAAGUGGCCCGGGCGUUUGAGCUGAUCAUCUUCUCUCGAGUGCUGCUGGGAGUCUGUGCAGGCAUCUCCUACAGUGCUCUCCCCAUGUACCUGGGAGAACUGGCUCCCAAGCAGCUGCGAGGUGCCCUGGGCACCAUGACAGAGGUGUUCGUCAUCUUCGGCGUCUUCCUGGCGCAGGUCUUCAGCCUCCAGGCCAUCCUGGGCAACGCGGCAGGCUGGCCCGUGCUCCUGGCUGUCACCGGGAUCCCAGCGCUGCUGCAGCUCCUCUCCCUGCCCUUCUUCCCCGAGAGCCCCCGCUACACCCUGAUCCAGAAAGGAGACGAGGACACCGCGCGGCGAGCUCUGCGGAGGCUGAGAGGCCAUGCGGCCAACGUGGAAGCCGAGCUGGACGACAUGCGGGAGGAGGAGCGAGCCGAGCGCGCCGAGGGGCACCUGUCGGUGCUCAACCUGUUCACCUUCCGGCCCCUGCGCUGGCAGCUGGUCUCCAUCAUCGUGCUCAUGGCGGGCCAGCAGCUGUCCGGGAUCAAUGCGAUCAACUACUACGCGGACACCAUCUACACGUCAGCCGGAGUGGCGGCUACUCACUCCCAGUACGUGACGGUGGGGGCCGGCGUGGUCAACAUCGUGAUGACCGUCAUCUCCGCAGUGGCCGUGGAGCGGCUGGGAAGGCGGCUCCUCCUGUUGGUGGGCUACGGCCUCUGCGGCUGUGCCUGCCUGGUGCUGACCGUGGCGCUCCUGUUUCAGAGCAAGGUCGCUGGGCUGUCUUACCUGGGUGUGCUCUGCGUCUUUGCCUACAUCGCGGGACACUCCAUCGGGCCCAGCCCCGUGCCCUCGGUGGUGAGGACAGAGAUCUUCCUGCAGUCCUCCCGGCCAGCUGCCUUCGUAGUGGAUGGGACGGUGCACUGGCUCACCAACUUCGUCAUAGGCUUCGUGUUCCCGUCUGUGCAGGAGGCCAUCGGAGCCUACAGUUUCAUCGUCUUUGCGGGCGUCUGCCUCCUCACCGCCAUUUACAUCUACGUGGUCAUCCCUGAGACCAAGGGGCAGACGUUCGUGCAGAUAAACCGCGUCUUCGCCCGGAGGAACGGGGUGGAGAUCCCGGAGAAGGAAGACGUCGCCAGGGCGGAGCCUCCUGGGCCCUGCACUGCUGGGAAGGGAACUUCCUUUUAA